AUGGCACACCCAGCACAAUUAGGAUUUCAAGACGCAGCCUCCCCUAUUAUAGAAGAACUCCUCCAUUUCCACGACCACACAUUAAUAAUUGUAUUUCUUAUUAGCACACUAGUUCUUUAUAUUAUUGUAGCAAUAGUAACUACUAAAUUAACUAAUAAGUAUAUUUUAGAUUCCCAAGAAAUUGAAAUUGUAUGAACCAUCUUACCCGCUAUCAUCCUUAUUAUAAUUGCACUACCAUCACUACGAAUCUUAUAUCUAAUAGAUGAAAUUAAUGAUCCACAUAUUACAAUUAAAGCAUUAGGCCAUCAAUGAUAUUGAAGCUAUGAGUAUACAGACUAUGAAAAUUUAGAAUUUGACUCCUACAUAAUCCAAACUGAAGACCUAUACCCUGGACAAUUUCGACUUCUAGAGACAGACCACCGCAUGGUUGUACCAAUAGAAUCCCCCAUUCGAAUUCUAGUUACCGCAGAAGACGUCUUACACUCCUGAGCAAUCCCAGCACUCGGAGUAAAAAUAGAUGCAGUACCAGGACGCCUUAAUCAAGCCGCCUUUAUCAUCUCUCGACCUGGCGUCUACUACGGGCAAUGUUCAGAAAUCUGCGGUGCCAACCACAGCUUUAUACCAAUCGUAGUUGAAGCAGUACCCUUAGAACAUUUUGAAAAUUGAUCUUCAUUAAUGCUAGAAGAAGUCU